AUGCCGAGAAGAAAGCCAAAUAUAGGACGCAGUACGUCUGCUGCUAAAAGACUUCGUUUGAAUCGGAAUAGUGAAAAUAAUGAAGAGAGAGAACUGCGUUUAUCAUUGGACCGUGAAAGACAUAUUUCGCAAAGACUGCGAGAGUCUUCUGCGGAACGUAACGCACGUUCUCCUUCCAUUGUUUGUCAAUACUGUUCGGCACUGAGAUGGAAAGAUGAGUCAAAAGGUUUAUGUUGUUCAAAUGGUAAGGUAAAAUUAGAUGAAAUAGGUGCUCCACCUGAACCUUUAAAUUCUCUACUUGAUGAAAGUCAUCCAAAGCAUACAGAAUUUAUGCGUCAUAUUCGGCGGUAUAAUAAUGCGUUCCAGAUGACUUCAUUCAAAAGUCAACGAGUAGUUGAAAACGGCUUCAUGCCAACAUUUAAAGUCCAGGGCCAGGUUUACCACCUUGCAGGUAGUCUUCUUCCACAAGUUCCUGACGACCAUAAGUUUUUGCAGAUAUAUUUUAUUUCCGAUCCUGAAGUUCAAGCAACGACUCGAUGUAAUAUUAGUAAUAGUAAUUCAAGAACACCACUUGAUAACUCUAUAGUCAGGUCAUUGCAAAACAUGUUGCAUUUGCAUAACAGAUACGUACAAUCUUUUAAAACUGCAAUGGAAAGUAUCUCUCUCGAUGUCCCAGAUUACAAUGUAGUAAUUCAUGCCAGCAGGGUACCUGACGGUGAACACCGUGGACGGUAUAAUGCUCCUUCUACCAGUGAAGUAGCAGUUGUCAUUGCUGGACAACAAUUUGACAAAAGGGAUAUCGUUCUUCGAAGCCGCGACGAAAAUCUCCACAAAAUUUCCGAACUACAUCGUUCAUAUGACAGUCUUCAAUAUCCAUUGAUGUUUUGUCGAGGUGAAAACGGAUACACAAUUGAUAUUCCCCAAGUUAAUCCUUCUACAGGAGACAGAGUACAGAAGAAAGUUUCAUGUAUGAAUUAUUAUUGCUAUCGUUUAAUGGAACGCCAUAAUCAUUAUAAUGUUUUACUAAGGUACGGAAUGUUACUGAAUCAAUAUGUUGUAGAUCAGUAUGCUAAACUAGAAUCAGAACGUUUAGCUUUUAUACGAAAUAACCAAACACAAUUACGCGCAGAAAAUUAUAUACACUUACAGGAUGCUUUACAUUCUAAUGAACACACGACAAACAAUAUUGGGCAGCUGGUAAUAUUACCGUCAUCUUUUACUGGCGGACCAAGAUACUUACACGAAAAAACUCAAGAUGCCAUGACCUAUGUCAGGAAUUACGGGAAACCUGACCUCUUCAUUACUAUGACCUGUAAUCCUAAUUGGAAAGAAAUAAAAGAUAAUCUGCAUUCCACCGCAACACCUCAAGACCGAUAUGACAUUUUAAAUCAAUUACCAGACCAAGACGAAGACCCAACAUUGUAUGACAUCGUGGUAAGGAACAUGAUUCACGGACCCUGUGGAGCUUUAAACCCUAAAUCGCCAUGCAUGCAUGAGGGAAAAUGUUCAAAAAAAUUCCCAAAACCAUAUCAGAGUCAAACUUCAACUGGUGAUGAUGGCUAUCCAAAGUAUAGAAGAUUAUCACCAGAGGAAGGAGGACGCAAGGCUGCUAUUCGUAAUUACGAAAUUGAUAACAGAUGGGUAGUGCCUUACAAUAAACUAUUAUUAAAAAUUUUCGAGGCGCAUGUUAAUGUAGAACUUUGCAGUUCCGUGAAAUCAAUAAAAUAUGUCACUAAAUACAUCAAUAAAGGAAGUGACCAGGCUACGUUUAGUUUACAUUCUACAAAUGAAGUAGAACAAUUUCAAUCUGGCCGCUACAUUUGUAGUUCUGAAGCACUAUGGCGGAUUAUGUCCUUCAAUAUUCAUGAAAGAGCACCAACUGUCACACACCUCGCUGUUCAUUUAGAAAACGGACAGCAGGUGUAUUUCACUGAAAAUAAUGUAAAUGACAUUGUGAAUAAUCCAAGAGAUACUACUUUAACAGCGUUUUUCAAACUAUGUGCAGAGGACGACUUCGCAAAAACUCUGACCUACGACAAGGUGCCUGCCUAUUAUACCUGGAAUCAAAAUACGAAAAAAUUCCAACGACGAAAGCAGGGGGCGGUAGUUCUCGGGUACCCUGGCGUGAGAAAAACAGAUGCUCUUGGAAGGGUGUACGUGGUACACCCUAAUAAUGCAGAAUGUUUUCAUUUGCGGUUGUUACUCCACGUUAUAAAAGGCCCUACUUCGUUUAGAAGUCUCCGCACUUUUGAAGGUGUAACUUACGACACAUUCCAAGGGGCUUGCAAAGCUAUGGGCCUCCUCGAAGAUGACAGUCACUGGGAGAGUACGCUCUCUGAAGCAGCCAUAUGCUGUUCACCAAAAUCACUUAGGUGCCUUUUUGCCAUUAUGAUAUCGUUCUGCCAAAUCACGGACCCGCAUCUUCUUUGGCAAAACUAUCAGGAAAGUAUGUCCGAAGAUAUACUGCAACGCAGACGACAAGAACUGUCAUCAGAUGAUUUAGAGUACGACCAAAAUAUUUUUGAUGAAGCUUUAAAUGAAUUAAAUAAAGAGGUCGAAUCUCUAUCAGGUAAAAGUAUAAAAGAUUUUGGUUUUAACUUACCGUUAAAUUCAAAUCUUUAUGUAAUGAACAACAUCGAGGAUUUACGAGAGACUGACUAUGAUUACACCCAACUCUUACAGACAAUUCAAGAUGAACAUCGCUUAAAUCCAGAACAAAAAAUUGUUUACGACCAAAUAUUGUCAUCAGUUAAUAGUAAUGAAGGGAAAAUGUUCUUUCUAGAUGCACCCGGGGGCACGGGUAAAACAUUUAUAAUUAAUUUAUUAUUAGCAAAAGUAAGGUCUGACAGAAAAAUUGCUCUUGCCGUGGCGUCGUCCGGUAUUGCAGCCACACUUUUGAAAGGCGGGCGAACUGCACAUUCCACUUUCAAACUACCUUUAAAAAUUUGCAGUGACGACGUCUCUAGCGUUUGUAACAUCUCAAAACAGAGUAAAACAGGUAAAUUAAUGCAGGAUUGUAGCUUGAUUAUUUGGGACGAAGCUUCCAUGUCCCAUAAAGCAUCAGUUGAGGCAUUAGACAGGACAAUGCGCGAUUUACGCAACAGAAAUUGCCCAAUGGGUGGCUGCACCGUUUUGUUUUCUGGAGACUUUCGUCAAAUUUUGCCAGUCAUAGCAAGGGGGACUAGAGCUGACGAAGUCAAUGCAUCACUCAAAAGAUCUUAUCUUUGGCCACAUAUUACAAAAUGUAAUGGUGCAUUUCAAUCCGGAAAUGUUAAAAUCAAUCUUAGUAACCUAUGUGCUUUGGUUCAAAAUGUGGAAGAAUUGGUUGAGACCGUAUAUCCCGAUAUUACUAAUAUAACUACAAAGACUUUAUGUUGGUUUAAGGAAAGGGCUAUAUUGGCACCUACUAAUGAACAGGUUGAUAAAAUUAAUCAUUUAAUUAUUUCCAAGUUUGAAGCACCAUCACAGAUAUACUAUUCAGUUGAUACAGUUUUGGAUACCGCAGAGGCAGUACAUUAUCCAACUGAAUUUUUGAAUUCUUUAGUUCCUCCCGGAAUUCCUCCACACAAGUUAAUAUUAAAAGUGGGUUCACCAGUGAUAUUACUUAGAAAUUUAAAUCCCCCAAAAUUGUGUAAUGGCACGAGACUCAAAAUAGUUAAAUUAAAAAACUUUCUAAUCGAAUGCACUAUUUUAACUGGCUGUGGUACUGGUGAUACUGUUUUAAUUCCCAGAAUACCGAUGAUUCCCUCCGAAUUACCCUUCCAAUUCAAAAGACUGCAAUUUCCAAUCAAAUUAGCCUUUGGUAUUACUAUUAAUAAGGCACAAGGCCAAACUUUAAAAGUUGCAGGAAUAGAUUUAACUGAUCAAUGUUUUUCUCACGGCCAGUUAUAUGUUGCCCUUUCAAGGGUGACAUGUAAAAAUAAUCUGUUUGUGUUUACUAACAAUCCGUCAGAAGUAAUGAACGUUGUGUAUAAGGAAAUAUUUCAAUAG